AUGGAUGAGCUGAGCGAGGCGGAAUUACGGUACUACAAUGAUCUGUUCAAAAUAUGCAGUGAGUCGGAGGGUAGCGGUGGCAAGAUCCCGGCACUGAAGGCCACUUCGCUCUUCCGUUCGGCCAACCUAUCCAACGAGAUCAUAAACAAGAUUACGGCACUCGCUGGCGUUCCCUCAACGGCGCUACACCUGUCGAGGCAACAGUUUUACGGUUGCCUGAAGCUAAUCGCAGCCUUCCAGGCGUCCGUUCCGCUGCGAGAGGAAAUACUGACCACCUCGAUUAAUCUGCCACUGCCACAGUUCAGCUGGAUCGAUCCGGUCUCUGGCGGAACACCGGGUAUUGAUGGCGUAUCCGGUGGCAUUGCGACGACCAGCAGCGGGUUAGCUUCCACGAACGUCAGCAGUAGCGGCGUCGGUACCUUGGAGCGCAACAACGGUUACGGCGUCGAAGGGCCGAACCGGAUCUCAGUGCCGGUGGUAGGGACGGCGAAAGUGGGUGCGGGUGGUAGCACGACCCAGGACAGCAGUGCAUCGACGGGCGGCGAGAUGACAAACUCUGACCAACCGAGCACGGACUCGGAGGUGGAGCACACCGACGAUCCGGUGAACAUGAUUCGCGGGGAGCGCGAGCGCCACACGGUCGGCAUGCUGAAGGGUGGGGCGGUGGUAAUGCUGGGCAGCUCACACCCGCCCGGUGGCUCACCGGAAGCGUGGAGCACGGCCAGCGACAGUCCGACCCCGACCAACAGUGUGGCCGAACGUCCGUGGGCUAAUCAAACGCUGUGGCAGGGUCUGGUGUGCGAGGAACAGCGGCAAUUGCUCGGCACCGAGGAGGAAUCGUCCGACCGGCACAGCAGCGACGAGGACGAGCAGGAGAUCGAUCUCGAGUACUUCUAUCAGAUUUCGCAAACACAGAAGGAGUACUACCUGAAGCAGUUCCGCACGAUACAGCCGGAUGUGCACGGGCUGGUCAGUGGCCCGGUGGCAAGAGUGUUUUUUGAAAAAUCUCGCAUCCCGAUCGACGAACUACGGCACAUUUGGCAGAUGUGCGACGUGACGCGGGACGGUGCCCUCAAUCUGGCCGAGUUUACCGCCGCCAUGCAUCUGGUGGUGCUGCGAAGGAACAACAUCCCGGUGCCGGCAACAUUACCACCCUGCCUGCUGCCAUCACUGCUACAGCAUUCGCUUCUACAGCCCGGCGUUGGUGGUGGUUCCGUUUCGGGUACGGCCGCAUCCUCCAGUGGAACAAGUGGCCCGGCGGACGCUUCCACUGGUGCUGCCACCGUGCUACAAUCUACUGUAGUCAAUAAUGGGGUACCGGAGCGAACCGAACCUGCUGAAGCGGACCUCUUGCACCUAGAGAGUGAUGAUAACGUGCAAAAUAACGCCCGGAAGCGGUUCGAUGUGGCCAAAGACUAUCAGCGUAUGGUGCCGGUGCCAGAUUCGCUAGCUUUCGGGAAGGUAGCAGGUGGUGCAAUGGCGGCUGUAGCGCAAGACAGUCCACCCUCGGUGUCAUCCGCCACCGGUGUCAGUAGUGGCACGGGCGGAUCUGGUUCCGUAGCGAACGCCACGAAAGGUAGCAGCUGCGACAGUUGUAGUAGCGUCGGUGUUGUCUCCAACUCGUCGCAGGUACGCAAGACACCACCAAAUAUAACACCCCCGGUGCUUACCCAGCAGCAGCAGCAGCAGUCCCAGAGCAAAGUGAAACAAUCGACUGAUCAUCCCGUUACGCCUCCGAAUACGAAAAACAAUAAGGAGUGGAACUCAACUACAAAAGAAUGGACCAAAUUUAUGGAAUCUCCUACAUCGAACGUUUCUAGUCCGGGCCCUAAGCCGGUCAACUUUGAUCUGCAACGAACGACUUUGGCGAUCGUAUCAGAUCCGCAAAUCCUCUAUCCCGUGCCAAUUCGCGUGACGCCAGUGGGUGCCGAAGCGGUUGACAAUAGUAGUCUAGUCUACGGUGGUGACAUUCCUGUCGCUUCUGGCGGAAGUGUGCUGGCCACCCAGUCACGGGAUGAUUCCAGCCCAAAACAGCAGCACCAGCAGCAGCAGCAACAACAUCAUCACAGUACGUCGCACCAACAACAGCAGCGCGAUUCGCUCACAAACAGCGGCGACCUACGUGCCAUCCAAAGACCGCAACCGAAGAAACCACCGUCGAAGGGCGUUGGGGCCAUCCCACCACCCCCACAGCGCGACUCCGGUGGUGUCGGACACCCCAGCAACACUGCCAGUACCAACUCGCAAGGCAACGAUUCGAUGACAAUAUCGCUGGACGCGGCCGGUUUCGCUGCAUCAUCCGCCACCGCGGGCAACACGCUCCCUUCGCUGGCGAAGAAACAGUCCAUCGAUCAGCAGCAGCCGCCACCGCCUCCUUUGCCACCACCUCGACCAUCGGCCCAUCGGCAUACGCGCAGCAGUAGCCUGGACUUGAACAAGCUGAAACUAAGCACGAGCGGUGGUACAGGUGGUGGUAUGGGCAUGGCGCCGAUCGGUGACCCCUUGAAGAUGCCACCGCCACCGGAGGUUCCGCCGAGAGUAACACCCACGGCCGAUCAACAGCAACCACAGGCCGGGUCCGAGGCUGCUGGAAAUCAACAUCAUGGGUUUGCGGAUUUUACUCAUUUUCCGAGCGGGGCCGCCAGUGGCACCGCUGGCCAUCGAAUGGUGCCCACGGGAGAGUCGAACAACAUCACCACUAUUCAUCUGGACGCGGCUGGCAACAUGACGCAUCAUUCGACGCCUCGGGCAUCGGGUUCACUGCCGAAGUCACUCGUCAUGCACCAACCGCGAAACAGCGCGUUCGAGGUGUACCGCAAGCCGCAAAAUAACGUCCGUGGCUCGCAAUCCCCACUGCACCAGCAGCAGCAGCCGCCGCUGCUUACGUCCCGAAGUGUAGAAUCCUCGUCAGCGGUCGGUGCAUCGGCCGCAACCGCCCUCGACUACGACAAACGCAUUUCGGCGUUGAGCGACAGCCUGCGGCAGGUACGCUUCAAGAGCAAUGAUCCACCGCCCGUCAUGCCGGACGUGCUGAAGCAGUUGAAAGAGCAGAACCUUCUGCUACUGCGAAUAUGCAGCGACCUGAGCGAGGAGCUGCUGCACAUUCAGCAGAAGCGCGAAGACAUACGCAUCAAAAUCGAACUGCAGGAGCAGAUACUGGGCGGGGGAAGCUCUUCGCUGGCAGCGACCGGUCCCUCGUCCCUUCCAUCGUCAUCCACGGUAUCGACGGUACCCUCUGGUGCAACUACCCACCAUGCGCAUCAUCACGCCCAUGUACAACCGCAUCACCAUGCCAACCUGUGAAGUGACGUCAUCAGCGUCACCGUCGACACUCCUGCCGCUAUGCGAUCGUUUGUGUGAGGUUAAAAUAUCGGGUCAAUACUUGUCCUCAGUGACCGGCCGGACGGAUGAAGGUUGUUACUCGAACAUUUUCCAAGCAUUGUUGUAUACUCUGCACUUAUUAAGGCAACGGUGGGCUCUCAAGUCUCUAAAUGUUGAUAGUCUAUGUAUGUAUAAGGUAAAAAGUCAUAAUCUCAAAGGUUCCCCGAACUGAAUACUAUCGUAAAACUCCUCCAACUUAUUCCAAAUCCGAUGUUGGUAGUGUUAAUGGAACUCGGAAUCAAAGUUUUGCCCAACACUACUGGUGUAAAUGCGUUAUUAUUGUUAUAAAUUAUAUUUCGACCCCCACGAUACUUCGUAUAGAGUUCUCUAAAAAUGAACUUUUGUGUUCAGCUUUUAUUUAUUCAGCUCUUGUUGACUUCCCCUUUUGAUCGAUUUUCUAACCAACGCAGCCAGUUUUUAACUUUGGCUGCUAGAUGAAUUUACACUCCUCUUCCUAGUAUGAGUACGGAAUAAAAUAAAAAUCGCUUGCGUGAUACGAACGGCACUAGGAAGGAAAUGUUUCACUCGCACAACAAUGUGACCACUUUCAUAAAAAAAAAAUAACCCGAAGAAACAACGCAAAUGGUUUCGGGACACACACACCUUAGGAGGCAAUAUGUGCCCCGUUAGAUAUGUAGAUUCGUUCGAAACUAUUAGCUAGCGGAUACCGAAAACUGCGGAAGACAAAUAACGGAUCACGUGCUACACGGUUCUGUAAAUCCGGUUCUGACCAUGCGAUAACUGUUUGCAAGUAUACAUUUAUCUAAAUGCGAAUGUUAAAGCUGUUCGGGCAUCCAUCUAGUGUACAGCAUAAUAAGCAACGAUACUAUCAAACUAUGUUGUGUGAUUUGUGCAAAAGGCGGGUCGUGGUUGUAAAAUGGCGGUUACUGCAAUCCAUUUUGCAUUCGCAACGAGUACACAUUGGCAAAGAGAAUGAUAUUUUAUCCCAGUCCAAUGUAUACUAUUUUUUAAGCAAAACUUUUAAAUUAGUUGCACCAUAACGUGCUUGAAGUACUACAAUUAUUUCGCCAGUAAUGUUACGACAUUAAAUUGAUAACAAAUGCAUGUCGCGGAACGGACAGAUGAAUAUCCAACAGUACAUCCAAUGGAAACCACAGGUAGAUGAUGGCGUUAGUCUAAGAUGGAAAUUAUAGAUCUGUUGAGCAUUCUACCGUCUCCGGGGUUACGCAAAAUACGUACCCCAUAGGCUCGGUAGCCGUGUUCGUGAGGCAGUACUGUGGGUGCAUAGUUGUAUGUACAGUGCGAAAAUUGAUUAAAAAAAAAGAUCGCCACCCGUUCAAACAAGGGGAAUCGUAUCAGAACGUAUUAUAAUAUUUACCUUAGUAGAGCAACCCCCGAUCGCCAUGGAGCGUUAUAUCCUUUAACAGUACGAUAAGACAAAAGGAGGUUAAAAAUAUUAGAAAGAUAUCAACUUUCCUAUACAUGCUUGGCCGAUUAUUAUUGCGCAGAUUGACGCUAAUUGAACUAGGAACCUCGACGGAACCGAGGAUCGCCCGAGGCAAGUGAAGAGGUUAUUUUAUAAGACGAAAACAACCUGGACACGAUUUAUUGAACGGAAUAUCGGAAGAGAAAUUAUUUAUCAAAGUUAAAAUCAAACAAAGUAUCACUAUUUUUCCUAUCGCAGCGUAUAUAUAUAUAUUUGUACGAAUUUGAAACAACCUAAUGCCCACGGGGUGUGUCUCGAGUGGGAGGGGGUUUAGUAAUGGUGCAACAAGUAUUACAAACAGGCGCGCAGUGGACAGUGAUCGACGGAGAAAGAGAGAGAGGACCGCGCGACAGUGGUCAAACAUGGCUAGUGGAUAAGCGAAGAAAACCGGUGGUUAGACCAUAGAUGAAUUAAGCUAUUUUAGUUCUUUCUUAAGUCAACGAAUUCUAACCACUUCCACGCAGUGGGUUUGUUUGAGAGUGUA